CGUUUCAGAGGGCUUGGGGCUGCCCUGUCCUGCUGCAGUGGUUCGAGGCGCCGUCGGGCUGCUUUAUUCCUGUCGUGAGAGUGCCGGAUCACUGCUGCGGGUCUGGAAUUAUGCCGCACUGUGGUGCUCCUCGCCGGCGAACACUCAAAAUGGCUCAAUAUUGCUCUGCCUGAUGGGCUGCCCCCCAACUAAUUUGAUAAAUCGUGUCUGACGAGAGGCACUCACGCAAACAUGAGCUCCGACAGCGUGAUCAUCAUCGAUGCGGGCGGCCGCACCUUCAAAACGUCCACCACAACACUUGAGGCCAGCGGCGCAGGCUACUUUGAAGCGCUGCUGGGGGAGACGGGCCGGAAGCUCCGCGGAAAGAAGCGCGCGCGCGUCUCAGCCGACGGCGACGACGCGCCGGGUGGCCAGCGGGAGAUUUUCCUAGACCGGGACCCGGACGUCUUCGCGGACGUGCUCCGAUUCAUGCGCGCGAACCGGUUGCCCGCCGCCGCCGCCGCGGACGCGCAUCGGCUCGAGGAUCUCAGGACCGAGGCAGAGUUUCUGUGCUACGAAGCGCUGGUCGCCGCCUGCGACGAGGCCCUCGAGGCGCUGGAACGGGCACGACCCACGGCCCGCUUCUUGACGUUCAAAAUCGAGAAUAAACGUAACAUUGAUGAUGAUGAGUCCGGGUUGUACGUGUCAAUUGACGUACCCAAGGGCCAAGUAUUUUUCGUCGUGUCCGCUGAACCGUACGCUGGACAAAGAAGAGAGAAUACAUAUAUACUUGGUGCGGCUAACCGGCUGGAGGAUCAUCCGGCUUUCGUUGUCCGCGGGAGAGUGUCAAACGAGGAAUACGAACGCCAACGCCCCGGCGCCGGGUUUACGUUCAGCGGCGGCGCCACGGAGAAGGUCCAUCUCUGCGCGGACGGCGCCGACUUCUGGGUCGUCGCCUGGGUCGGCCAUCCGUCCAAGAUCCCCGGCCUCGGCGCGCCUAGGGACUAACUUGAAAUACAAACU